ACGGAAGACGGAAAGUAGGGGGUGGUGGAGAGAGAUGAUAAGAGUUGGAAACGCGUCUCUAUGAGGCCCAUAUUCUAUCGAUUUCCUCUCCCUUUUCUCUCUUUCUCUCUUUCUCUUUCUUCUCAAUCAAGCUCGCCGAAGGAAGAAAAUCAAAUAAUAGAUGGCGCAGAGAACGGAGAAGGAAGAGACGGAGGUCAAGGUGCUCGAAUCCUUGGCGACGACGACGACCACACCGACGCUCUGCUCCAAUAACUGCGGCGUCACAGCGAAUCCGGCAACCAACAACAUGUGUCAGAAAUGUUUCAACGCCUCCGUCGCCGCCGCAGGUGUUGAAUCCGGUUCGAUGUUGAAGAGAUCGGCGAGAUCCGUCAAUCUUCGGUCGACACCAGCCAAAGUAGUAAUUCGUAGCAGGGAGAUCGACCCGGUUAAGAGAGAUCAACAGACCGUAAACCGAUGUUCUGGUUGCCGGAAGAAGGUUGGGUUGACCGGAUUUAGGUGCCGAUGCGGUGAUCUUUUCUGCGCCGAGCACCGUUACUCAGAUCGCCACGACUGCAGCUACGACUACAAAACCGCCGGUCGCGAGGCGAUCGCUCGGGAAAACCCGGUCGUCAAGGCGGCGAAGAUGGUCAAAGUUUAAGUUAUUCAAAAUCGGGAGAAAAAGAAAGGAAUCUCAAAACUUGUGGUGGUUCAAGCUCGAUCUGUAAAGAUCGGGAAAAUCGUUUAAGAGAGAUUUGCUCGGAGACAUCGAUUUGGGUGCUGUGUUUGUAACGAUGAUCAGAGACAGUCUCUGCUCGAUUAAAAAAAUCUGAACCGCAAUUUCUUAUUUUUAUUAGCUUUUUUUUUUUUUUCUUCUCUUGAAUUAUAUUAGUGAAUGAUUAUUAUUUGUGUCUUUACGGAUUCAUGA